AUGAAAAAGAAACCGAAAGCAAUUAAAACCCUAGAUGAGAUCACUGGGACAAGUAGUCCUGAUUCAACAACUGAUCCGAGUCCUCUGUCGUCCAAUGAUGUCAUAGCAAAGAACAUGGAUAUUGAGAAAUAUAUAGAUGAUAGUGAAAAGUUUGCCAAAGAAUAUGAAAUCUCAUUGAUACCGGUGUUGAGACAAUUAAGUGUUAACCAAAACUUUAAUGACUUGGAGUACAAACGAUUCUCUGAAUUACUAAACGCUGCAAAUGUUUUGAAAACACCAUUGAAUGAAAUGUCGUCCAAAAUCAAGUGUUUAGGUGACGCACAAAGAGUAAUGCGGUUUGUGUUGGACAGGGAUAUCAAGAAUAUAAUCGCUUUCACCAAGAAUUUGAAAGGAUUCGAAAUGCUCCAGCACCCGGAUAUUGUUAAAUUACAGCAAUACAUAUACCUGUAUUUACUUCAACGCUACCUAACAGUGAGAUAUCAGUCGGAUUCGGUGCUGAGAACCAAAUUUUCGCGUUUAAUGAGUGUUUUGAGUGACGUUUACUUUUUGGGUGAGACCCAGAUGAAAAUAGUGGCCGAUAGGAGUCCAGUUGCCGAUUGUUCACCACUUCUGAAGGAAGUGUUUAAUAUGAAGGGCCAAUAA